AAUCAACGGUCCCGGUUUGACUCAAACCUCAUAUUAUAAAUAGUAGCCAUAAAUUGAUGCAUCUGGUCAGCAACAAUACCCGAAUAAUCUUCACUGCAUACUGUAAUUCAAACGAUGCUUAGCAUUAAGAAGCGCAAGAAGCAUUCUUCACACCGUUACACCACCUCAAGUAGUAGCCUGAACUGUUGACCCAGUGUAGGCUGGAUCAGUAGCAGAAAUUUGAGAUUUCAUUUUUAUUUAUUUAUUUAUUUAUGUAUGUAAACUGUCCACUUUCAGUCAACUGAAGACUGUGCAGGUAUGCACAACAUAACAUAAACCAGACAAACUGUUCUUCUCCGACCCCUCUCAUCAACAGGAUGUUCCUGUCUGCAGAACUGCAUUAAAAAAAAAAAAAAAAAAAAAAUUCUCUGUACACUCUAGAGACUAUUGUACAGUUAUUGUUUUUUUGAAAUAUUCAAAUCAGGCCAUCUGGUGCUUAAAACUGUGCCAUGCAUCACUUUAACUGAUUGUUCAUCCAUCCAUCUCCAUCUAGGAGCCUCAGUAGUCCUACUGUAGGGACCGUGGACUGCUGUCUUGUAUUUAGUCCCAUUUCAGAACCUUGGUAGGACUCCAAUCAACAUUUACACACACUUUCAUACACUAAAUUCGGGAACACAGUAAUUCGGGAACUUUAAUUAGCUUAAUCUUUAGGAGUUUGGUACGGAGUUCCCGGAGGAACCCCAUCAAGCACAGAGAGAACAUGCAAACUCCAGGAGCACAGACCUAACGUGGGAUUCGAACCCAGACCCUAGAGGUAUCGGCCUGCUGCCACAUAAUUGGAAGAUUGGACAAGUGCAUAAAUGAUAUAUUGUCAUAUAUAUUGUACCCACAUUUAAUAAAUGCUUAUUAUAUCAGUAUGGCAAACAUUCAAUAUUACAAAGCUAUGUACUGUAUAUAGAACUUCCACAGUGUACUCAUUGACUUAUUAUUAACAUUCCUUAUUUCAAGUGUGCAUCUUUGACUUGAAUAUAAAAAUGCAACAUGUUCAUCCCGACAGCUUAUUUUAACUUUGACAGAAAACUUAGUAAACUGAAGUGAGCCAGGCACUGGGCUGAACGCUUCCCCGUCUGUUUUUUGUUGUUCCAGGGCUAUGAAUAGUUUUUCCGUAGGUGGUUCUUACUGUAUGAAAGUAUCUUUUUUGUCCAUCGGCUCACGUAUCUCACCCGAGUACAGCACAGGAAGUGCAGAUCUAUAGCCCACCCCGCGCACGCCCACGCCCCCACACACACAUACCCCCCCCCCACACACACACACAGUUUAAAAAACAUGUUCUAUUACAGAUAUACUGUAGCAAAACACAUUGCAACCUUGCAACUGACAGAGCAGAACACACAGGCCAGAUGCGCAUACUAUGCACACACACGCACACACAGAUAUAAAAACACUGGAUAUAUAUGUUGUAACGUGUCGAUUCGCACCGCAGCGCUACACCAGGAUGCAUUUAGACACAGAUUCAGCGGAGUUGGACUCGGAGCAUGCUCAGAAGGUCCCAGAGGCGGAAUCUGGACAGCAGCAGGUGAAGUUGAAAGAUAGGCAAAAGUUCUUCGAGGAGGCAUUUCAGCAGGACAUGGAGCAUUACCUGUCCACCAGCUACCUGCAGAUUGCUGAGAGGAGAGAACCAAUAGGAAGCAUGUCAUCCAUGGAGGUCAACGUGGACAUGCUCGAACAGAUGGACCUGAUGGACAUGUCUGACCACGAGGCCCUGGACGUCUUCCUGAACUCGGGAGCAGAGGACAACAGCGUGGCGUCCCCUAUACUGGAACCGGACGUGGAGUCGUUCGGAGCCGAGAUCACACUGCAGGUCCCGACCCAGGCCGAGCUCAGGCAUAAACUCGCCUCGCUCUCUUCCACCUGCACCGACUCGGCCAGCCAGGACACCCAGGAAGAGGAGGGCGAGGAUGAAGAUGAGAGGACCGGCGUCAGGGAUGAGAGGGAGAAGAUCUAAGCUGGACAAGAUCAGUCCUUCAAGAACUGUGGAAAUCGUAACUCGUCCACAUAGAUGAAUGAGUAUCGUUUUGAAAACUGUGUGCUCUGCCCUCUGUGUGUGUGUGUGUGAAAUUAUACAAGUGUUGUGUGUAAUCGGUAUUUUAUGAUCUCAUGAGGUUUUGUACAGAAUUCCCCUGGCAUGGCACAUGCAGCAUUUAUCUGAUCCUCUUAGCUGAUGAAUCCACCUGCUCGGAUUAUACAGAGCUUCAUCACCUGCGCCGUCAAUCUGAUUUUCAUUAUUGUUAAAUGGAACUGGUGACCUUGUGUCCUGUCCAUGAAGUCCCAAGACUCCCAGAGACACCAAAAUGCACCUUCAAUGACAUUAUCUGGAAACGGUUUACUUUCCCCAGCUGUUUUGAUGGUUUUCUUUUUUAAAUAUGUGAAGUUAAACCUUUGUGAAAGCCGCACCUUUUGAUUUUUUACACGCUGUUAAAAAUCAACACUUCUCAAAUCAAAGCAGGGUUCAGGAAGCACAGCCAGCAAGUUCCAGUGAUUAAAAGUCCAACCUAAGCUCAUUAUUAAUAAUAUAUUCAUUCUGAAGUUAUUACUCUGCUGGAUCAUUCACUUAAAGGUUCCUUAAUUUACUGUGGCUUUAACAAGAUAACACAGGUCUCAAGGUGCAUCUGUUAAUGGUUCAGAUAAAAUAAAAAUUAAAAACUCUCAGAUUUUACUUUUUUUUUUUUUUUUUUUAAUACUUUUAACUCAUGUGUCAGUUUCAGUGCAUUUAAAUGAGCUCAAGCAAGGGGAGCUUCUUAUGUGAGGUCACAAUAGGGGACAAAUGUACUGUAAUGAGCGAUACAAAAAUGGAAAAAAAGGUUUUUCUUGUUUUUUUUACUUGUGCUUUUUGUUUGUACAUCUCACUGUUUAAACAUGAAUAAAAAAUAAAUUUUCCACUUUAGUAACAUUUCUGUUGUAUUCUUUUCGUUCCUCGGCCAGAGCACACUAGGUCCAAUUUGAUGUUUGAGAUGAUUAGUUUUUGAGUCACUGAGGUUGGGAUCAAUAACUCAAAAACUAGUAAUGCCGUAAACAUCAAUCCAGACCUAAUAUGCUCUGUCAGAGGAAUGAAAAGAAUGCAGAAUGUUACACAGCACAAUGAAAUAUACAAUUCAACAGCUGCAAAAUGAUCGAGGACUAAAUGUUCCAGAGAGCAGGAGACGAUUCAUUUGAGUGACUUUGCAGAGACAUUGAAAUAACUGACCGUGGCUGAUUCAUCAUCAUAUAGGGCACUGAAACAUGCAGCAAAACACUAGUGAGAGGGUUGGAAAUGCGACUAGAGACCUUCGA